GGGAGAGUCCCGGGCAGCGGCAGCAGCGCUCCGCAGAGUAGGGCAGCGCCCAGCUGAUGGGCGGGCGCACGCGGCAGCUCAGUCCCCCCCGCCCGGGUGCGCCCUUUGCUUUCCCGCGGGGCCGGGCGCUGUGCCCUGCCCCCACUCCCAUCCCUGCCCCGCAGCGGCGGAGGAGCAGUCCCGCUGUCUGUCCGCAGCCCGCUUGCAUGGAUGGACACACAGCGGCGCGGCCAAGGAGACUUGCUUCCCAAGCUAGUGCUGCUCUUUGUCUUCGCAGAAGAUUGUCUUGCACAGUGUGACAAUGACUGCAAAGCUUACUGCUGUGAUGGGACUACCCCCUACUGCUGCUCGUAUUAUGCCUAUAUUGGGAAUGUCCUUUCAGGCACAGCAAUAGCAGGGAUUGUAUUUGGUAUCGUAUUUAUAAUGGGAGUGAUUGCCGGCAUCGCCAUCUGUAUCUGCAUGUGCAUGAAGAACAACCGUGGGACGCGAGUAGGGAUCAUCAGGACUACGCACAUCAACACCAUCAGCACCUAUCCAGUGGCUCCUCCACCUUAUAGUUAUGAAUAUGAGAUGGAAUACGCAGCAGACCUACCUCCACCUUACACUCCAACUCCACAGACUUCAGUACAGUGUCCACCACCUCCUCCUUACCCUGGAUAUUCAGGGAAAUAAGUAAUGGGCUUUAAAGAGACAUAAAGUGCCUGUUGAAUCAGCCAGCACAUUAUGGACAGAUCUUGUUGGCUCAGGAGCAAAUAGGAUGGGGCCUACAUCCACAUAUGCUGUCUGGUGUUCGUGUAAUGGAAGAUAGUUGCUGUGGCUCAGGAUGACUUCUAAAGGGUGAAGAAAAGUAUAGUCCAUCCCAGAUCACUGUAAUUCACAAAUAAACUAAAGCACAAUAAAAGAAACAGCUACUAGGACUUAGGGCCUACUCAAAAGUGGUUAGCAUCAUCCAAAAUUCUGCUGGCUUUCUUUAGCAACCUGUUAAAGUGAACUGGAAUACUAUUUUUCCAUUUAAAGCAAUGUAUGAUAAAAAGGGUUAAUAAGCUUCCUCUUCAGAGCAUGAGAUACAGUAGUUGGGGUCUAUUCUGGGAGGAAAAUUGCAAUUGUUGUCUACAAGCCUGUAUCAUAUCUUUCCUUGAAGUGGUGCAGAUAAGGAAGAACAAGAAAGACAGAAGCUACUUAUUGACUUCCAUUCCAAAAUAGGAAUACCAGAUAACUUGUUCAGCAUAGCAGUAUUUAGGAUCUGAUAGGUAUAUUGCAAACAAGAAUUUUAUUAAAGUCUUUCAGUAGCCAAAAUUUGACUACUGUAACUACUUUUGACCAAAACACAGGGUAUUUUAAGUGCCUACUUUUAAGGAGAUUAAGUCUGGUUUAUAGCCUAUAAUCUAAGUAUACAGAACAUUUUUGUAUGUAGCGUUCACUAUAAAUUAUAGACAAAUCUUUUUAUAUGGAUUUAAAUACUGUAUACAGAUUUUUUCAGGUCACUAGAUAAUACUUUAAUUUUGAAAGUAAAUAUAGAUUCAGCAAAAUCCUGAAAUAGUUUUGGAGGGAAAAAACCCAAGGUUAUUAAGGCUUCAUAUAUUUUUCCUGAAGUUUGAUUGUUGAUUAAAUUGUAUGAAGAUUGUAAUUGAACAUUUGUUCUGACAAGCUAAUAGUCAACAUAAAGGAAGAUGCAUGCAGAGGGACUGUAAAUGUUGCUGUCAACAGGGAAGAUAGGGGAAUGAGUUGUCUUGGUUAUUUAAAAGUGAUUGGGCUCCAUAGAUUGAAAGGGAGAUCAGAGUUGGAUUUACCAUCCUGUUUAAGAACUGCACACACAAAUUAGGGGUAUAUGCAGUUCUGUCCUGAUCUCUUCUCUUUCAGAAUCACUUUGCAGGCAUUGUUGGUGAAUGUCCUUCAUUAGAGAGUUGUUGGAACAAAAACACCAACAUGGAUUUUUCUAUUUGAAUUUACUAUUGUGUAACAUUUACAGCUGUUGUAUGGGCUUUUUAUGGCUUCCUUCAUUAUUUGUAUGCUCCACAACUUAUGUAAAAAGUAGAAGAGGAAAAAUGAUGUAACAUAUCAAGAAGUUAUGGUGACCAGAAUGCACAAAGCUGCGGAAACAGCCUUUUUUAUGCAUAUAAACUCCAGGUUAAUCAUGA